CGGCGCUUCUCUGCAGGACCCGGCAGCUCUCUGGGCCAGCUGUGGGGAAGCCGCGGCCGCGGGGGCCCCCCGGCCGGCCCGCCUGCCCAGGAUGAGCGCUUACCCUCCCAGCAGCUGCCGCCCCCGCUGCCACCCCUCCCCGUAGAGGAGCGCCGAGCCUCGGCUCCUGCCAGCGGGAGCCCCCGAAUGCUGCACCCGGCCACUCAGCAGAGCCCGUUCAUGGUUGAUCUCCACGAGCAGGUGCACCAGGGGCCCGUCCCUCUGUCGUACACAGUCACCACCGUGACUACCCAAGGCUUCCCCCUGCCUGCCGGCCAGCACAUCCCUGGCUGCAGCGCCCAGCAGCUCCCAGCAUGCUCCGUGAUGUUCAGUGGGCAGCACUACCCGCUUUGCUGCCUCCCGCCCCCGCUGAUCCAGGCGUGCACCAUGCAGCAGCUGCCCGUGCCCUACCAGGCCUACCCCCACCUCAUCUCCAGUGACCACUACAUCCUGCACCCCCCACCGCCGCAGCCCCCCCACAUGGCGCCCCUCGGGCAGUUUGUAUCGCUGCAGACCCAGCACCCACGCAUGCCUCUGCAGCGGCUGGACGGCGAGGUGGACCUGCGCGGCGACCAGCACUCCCUGGGGAGCUUCGCCUACUCC